CAUCUCUCUCUCCCUCUUUCUUUCUCUCUCUUACUGAGGCACUUCUCAAUCGGAGAGGUUCUAGAUCCGACCGUCGCCGGUGCCCGCCAUGUCCUUCGAAUUUCGUUGCCUUUCCCUCUCCGUACUCUCCGUUAUCCUCCUUCUCCGCCUCUCUCCGGCGUUCGCUUCUGAGUCAGAUCACAGGUAUCAGCAAGGAGACCCGGUUACCCUUUGGGUGAACAAAGUCGGCCCUUAUAACAAUCCACAAGAAACAUACAAUUACUACAGCCUUCCAUUUUGUCAUCCAUCUGAUAACCCUGCACAUAAAUGGGGGGGUCUUGGUGAGGUAUUGGGUGGCAAUGAACUCAUCGAUAGCCAAAUUGACAUCAAGUUUACAAGAAAUGUGCAAAAGACAGUUAUUUGCCAGCUGGCUCUUGAUGAUGCAAAGGUUAAACAAUUGAAGGAUGCCAUAGAAAAUAGCUACUGGUUUGAAUUCUUCAUGGAUGACCUACCUUUGUGGGGGUUUGUUGGGGAGCUGCAUCCUGAUAAGAACAGUGAUAACGGCAAGCAUGUCCUUUACACACACAAGAACAUUGUCAUUAAAUACAAUAAAGAUCAGAUUAUUCAUGUGAAUCUAACUCAAGAGAGCCCCAAGCCUCUGGAGGCGGGCAGAAAUUUAGACAUGACAUACUCUGUCAAAUGGGAACCUACCAAUGUCACCUUUGGACGUCGCUUUGAUGUCUACCUGGAUUAUCCUUUCUUUGAACAUCAGAUACAUUGGUUUUCCAUUUUUAAUUCUUUCAUGAUGGUCAUCUUUCUCACUGGGUUGGUGUCAAUGAUAUUAAUGCGAACUUUGAGGAAUGAUUAUGCUAAAUAUGCACGAGAAGAUGAUGAUUUGGAAACCCUGGAGAGAGAUGUCAGCGAAGAAUCUGGCUGGAAACUUGUGCAUGGUGAUGUUUUUCGGCCACCUCGCAAUUUAGUUAUUCUUUCAGCUGUUGUUGGCACUGGUGCUCAGCUGGCAUUGCUGGUUCUUCUUGUCAUCUUGUUGGCUAUUGUUGGGAUGUUAUAUGUUGGGCGAGGAGCAAUUGUCACAACCUUCAUUGUAUGUUAUGCCCUGACAUCGUUCAUUUCUGGUUAUGUGAGUGGGGGGAUGUACUCAAGACAUGGGGGUAAAACUUGGAUUAAGUCCAUGAUUCUCACAGCAUCUCUUUUCCCAUUCAUGUGCUUUGGAAUCGGGUUUGUCUUGAAUACGAUUGCUAUAUUCUAUGGAUCUCUAGCAGCAAUCCCAUUUGGCACAAUGGUGGUUGUGUUUGUCAUUUGGGGUUUCAUCUCUUUCCCUCUCGCGCUUCUGGGUACAGUUGUUGGAAGAAACUGGAGUGGCGCCCCAAAUAAUCCCUGUCGUGUAAAGACCAUCCCACGUCCCAUUCCUGAGAAGAAGUGGUACCUUACACCGUCUGUAGUUUCUCUGAUGGGAGGACUCCUACCGUUUGGCAGCAUUUUCAUUGAGAUGUAUUUUGUGUUUACAUCCUUUUGGAAUUACAAGGUGUACUAUGUCUAUGGCUUCAUGCUGCUGGUGUUUCUGAUUCUCAUUAUUGUUACUGUUUGUGUGACGAUUGUGGGAACAUACUUUCUGUUAAAUGCCGAGAACUACCACUGGCAAUGGACUUCUUUCUUUUCCGCUGCCUCAACUGCUGUUUAUGUGUAUCUGUAUUCGAUAUACUACUACUAUGUGAAGACAAAGAUGUCAGGCUUCUUCCAAACUAGCUUCUAUUUUGGAUACACCUUGAUGUUUUGUCUUGGACUUGGAAUUCUCUGCGGGGCUGUGGGUUAUCUUGGUUCAAAUUUGUUUGUGAGAAGGAUAUACCGAAACAUUAAGUGCGAUUAGGAUUUUUUCUGCAAGUUGAGACCUGAGAACUUCCCUAGUUUUGUUGCUGGAGGUAGCAAGUUUCUAGAGGAAGCCUCUGGUUGAUGUACUGGGGGAUGAAACUGGUGGCUGUAAAAUCACAGGGUUUUGAGCAAUGAGGAUUUAUUCUUUCUAUGUAAUGGGGAAAGCCCUGAGAUUUUUUUCCCCAGCUUGGAAUUGGAAGGCCUAAUUUAGAAUGCAGGGAUUGUUCUUUAUAAUCUGGAUAGUUAGCCAAAUAUGAGACUCACUCGUUACUUCUUCGUCAAUUUAUAUAUAGUUGCUCUAGUGAAGAAACUCAUGUCUGGUCCCCUUGUAAGUGUGGUUUAGCUAUUUCAAAGCAUGCGAAGGGGGUGAAGCCUCGGAUAUGAAUUUUGUAAAAUUUGAUUAUUUUUCCUCUC